CGGGUACAAUUUUAUGAAAAAAGACUGGGCCUUUUCGAAGAGGUUCAACAUGGCAGGAGAUCAGGCGCAGUUUUAUAAUUUGCUAAUUACUAUAUUAUCUACAGAUAAUGAUGAACGAACUCAGGCAGAACAAGCCUACAAUAAUAUUCCGACAGAAACGAAAUUGGUACACUUAGUUGGUGCUAUACAAAAUGCCGAUCUCGGUGACGAGGGGCGCCAAACAGCCGCAGUUCUAUUACGACGACUUCUCAGCGCUGAAUUUUUUGAAUUUUUCCCUAAAUUGCCAUUUGAGCAACAAGCAAUGCUCCGAGAACAAUUGCUCAUAACACUUCAAAUGGAUGUCUCCCAGCAAUUGCGACGGAAGAUUUGUGAUGUGGUGUCAGAGUUAGCCAGAAAUCACAUAGAUGAUGAUGGAGUAAAUCAGUGGCCAGAAUUUCUUCAGUUUAUGUUCAAUUGUGCAAAUGCACAAGAUGCCAAUAUAAAAGAAGCUGGUAUUAGAAUGUUUACUUCUGUUCCUGGAGUCUUUGGUAAUAGGCAAAAUGAAAACUUAGAUGUGAUCAAGAGGAUGCUGCUAUCAGCAUUGCAGAUUACAGAAUCUGAAGCGUUACGGUUACAAGCUGUCAAGGCAGUUGGUGCUUUCAUCUUACUCCAUGACAAGGAACCAGCAAUCCAGAAACAUUUCAGUGAUCUACUUUUACCAUUUAUGCAGGUGGUUGUACAAUCUAUUGAAAAAGCUGAUGAUGAUGCCGCACUGAAGGUUCUAAUUGAGCUUGCAGAAUCUGCUCCAAAAUUUCUGCGACCUCAAAUUGAGGCUAUUUUCCAAGUUUGCAUCAAGGUUAUCGGAGAUUCGAAUGCCGAAGACAAUUGGCGUCAGCUUGCCCUAGAAGCACUAGUGACAUUGUGCGAAACUGCUCCAGCUAUGGUUCGCAAGAUGUUGCCAAAUGCUGUACGAAUUUUAACACCUCUUGUGUUGGAGAUGAUGUGUGAGCUUGAUGAUGAACCUGAUUGGGCAGUGCAAGAUGAUGUAGCUGAUGAUGAUAAUGAGCAAAAUUAUGUAGCAGCAGAAUCAGCGUUGGACCGUAUGUGCUGCGGUCUUGGAGGCAAGAUAAUGUUGGGACUCAUUGUAGGGCAGGUCCCAGAGAUGUUGCAAUCUGAGGACUGGAAACGACGCCACGCGGCUCUGAUGGCCGUAUCUUCGGCUGGUGAAGGCUGCCACAAACAAAUGGAGCAGAUGCUGGAUCAAGUUGUCUCUGCUGUACUCAAUUACCUUGCUGAUCCUCAUCCUCGCGUACGUUACGCCGCAUGCAAUGCCGUCGGGCAAAUGUCAACAGAUUUUGCGCCCGUUUUUGAGAAGAAAUUCCACGACAAGGUUCUACCUGGUCUUUUCAUGGUACUUGAUGAUUAUGCUAACCCCAGAGUACAGGCACAUGCAGCUGCUGCACUAGUGAACUUUAGUCAAGAUUGUCCUAAACCCAUCCUAACUCAAUAUUUGGGUCUUCUCAUGGGCAAGCUUGAAGCUAUUCUAACUGCCAAAUUCAAAGAGUUGGUAGAAAAGGGCACAAAGCUUGUGCUGGAGCAGAUUGUCACAACAAUCGCGUCGGUUGCCGACACUGUUGAAAAGGACUUUCUUGAGUACUAUGACCGUUUGAUGCCGUGCCUAAAGUACAUAAUUGCUAAUGCCACCACUGAGGAGUUGAAACUUUUGCGUGGCAAGACCAUUGAAUGUGUCAGUUUGAUAGGUCUGGCUGUUGGAGAAGAAAAGUUCAUGGCUGAUGCUUCUGAAGUGAUGGAUCUAUUGUUGAAGACUCACACAGAAGGUGACCAGCUGCCAGCUGAUGACCCACAAACAUCAUACUUAAUUUCAGCAUGGUCAAGAAUUUGCAAAAUUAUGGGCAAAAAGUUUGCUCAAUACUUACCCAUGGUAAUGGAACCAGUAAUGCGUACAGCAGCCAUGAAGCCUGAGGUUGCUUUGUUAGAUAGUGACGACCUAGAAAACAUUGAAGGGGACUUGGACUGGCACUUUGUGACUCUUGGUGAACAACAAAACUUUGGCAUUAGAACUGCAGGUCUCGAAGACAAAGCGUCUGCUUGUGACAUGCUUGUCUGCUAUGCUCGCGAAUUGAAGGAGGCAUUCUCUGAAUAUGCUGAAGAUGUUGUUCGUCUCAUGGUUCCUAUGUUAAAGUUUUAUUUCCACGACAAUGUGCGUAUGGCUGCCGCAGAAUCACUCCCAUAUCUGUUGGAGUGUGCUAGAAUACGUGGCCCGCAGUACAUACAGGGUAUGUGGGCAUACAUACUACCUGAACUGUUGAAUGCCAUUGACUCUGAACCUGAGCAAGAUGUGCAAGUGGAAUUGUUGAACAGCCUUGCUAAGUGUAUAGAAUUACUUGGCACGGGCUGCCUCUCUGAUGAAAUGAUGACUGAAGUACUGCGCAUCUUGAACAAACUGCUUACUGAGCACUUUGAGCGUGCUACUGAAAGGAGACAAAAACGUGCUGAUGAAGAUUAUGAUGAAGUUGUAGAAGAACAGUUAGCCGACGAGGACAAUGAAGAUGUGUACGGGCUAUCUCGCGUAGCCGACGUUCUCCACUCGCUCAUGUCGGCUUACCGCGAAGCGUUCUUCCCGCACCUCGACACACUAUUGCCGCAUCUUGUGCAGCUACUGGCCCCCGGCCGCCCCUUUGCUGAUAGGCAGUGGGCUAUUUGCAUCUUUGACGACGUUAUCGAAUUUGGAGGUCCCGCCUGUGUAAAAUAUCAAGACAUAUUCCUUGAACCAAUGCUAAACGGUCUCCGCGAGCACGAACCAGAGGUUCGUCAAGCCGCCGCCUAUGGCUGCGGAGUGUUGGCCCAAUUCGGAGGCGCUCAGUUUGCUCCAGCCUGUGCUAGAGCUGUACCCCUCCUGGCGGCACUCAUAGCUGAACCUGACUCCCGCAGUGUUGAGAAUUUAAACGCUACUGAAAACGCCAUCUCUGCUGUUACUAAGAUUAUCAAAUAUAACCACUCUCAGAUAAAUAGGGAUGAGAUAAUAAGGCAUUGGCUCACAUGGCUGCCCGUGGUAGAGGACACGGAGGAAGCGCCGCACGUGUACUCGCUGCUGUGCGAGCUAGCGAGCAGCGGACACGCGGCGCUUGCCACCCCGGACGCACCACAGCGGGUGAUCGCCGUCAUCGCGGAGGCGUUCCUGCGCGACGCCGUGCCCAACGACAACCCGGUGUUUGCGCAGAUGCUUGCGCUUGUCAGACAGAUUCAGGGCAAUGCUGAACUGUUCAACUCGUGUCUAAUGCAACUGAGCAAUGAUCACCAAGAAGCUCUGAAGCUGGCUUUGUCCACAUAGUGAUCUUCUUAACUCAUGCUUAUAUUUAUUACCGCCCGCACAUCGCUCCAUAAACACGCUCCAUACUAGGGCCCAAUAUAUAACUAAUUGCGGACUGCCUAUUUGUUAAUGAUUAAAAUUAUUAACCCUAAAAACAUAUGAAACUUUUAUUCACAUUGUAUGUGCCUCUCUUGUUAGAUAAUAUGAAAUUCUUCAAUAACAUGAUAUAAUCGCAUUUCUUUCCUUAAAUGGAUAUUUUCUUCGAUCUCAUUA